AUGGAGCAAAAAGAAAAAAGAAGGCAAAAAAAGAUCCAUCCAAAGGACAGCUGGCAACUACCAAUUUUAUUAAAUUCGCGCACCUUCACUGAAAAUAACUUGUACGAAGCUGCGAAGGAACACAAAGCUACAGCUCUCGGAGACAAGUUGGAAUUUUUUUGGAAGCAAGAAGAAAACUAUCAAAAUCACCCGUCACUAACAAGAGCUCUUUUAAAAACCUUUGGUAAAGAAUAUUUACUGCAAGGCAUUAUACUUUUACCAGUUGAUCUUGGAGUGAUGUUAGCUGACUCGAAAGUUAACGUAAUGUCACCAACACGUCUUAGUUUCAGGUUACUGCAACCUUAUUGCAUGAUGAAGUUUUUGAAUUGCGUAACAAAACAAGAAUGCUUCGACGGGGUCGAAAUUUAUUUGGUUACUUUAGCAAUGGCUUUAUCAAAUCUGCUACAAGUCUUAUUUUAUCACUGGAUUUACUUGCGGUUUAGUUCUUUCGGAAUCAAAGUUAGAGUUGCUUGUUCUUCGUUAAUUUACAGAAACUGUCUCCAGAUGAAGGGACAGUCGUUUAAAAAAAAUUCUGUGGGACUAGAUCCACAGCACUUACAGGAACUGCGGUACUUGUUGGCUUCUUUUUCGUACAGUGUCUUGGUUGUUUUCAAGCAAAUGUUUUUGAGAAAAAUUGAAGUGGCUUUGAAAAGCGACGACAGGAUUCGUUUAGUAAAUGACGUCAUCGGUGGAAUACAAACAGUGAAGAUGUACACGUGGGAAACACCUUUUUCUAUACUUGUUAAAGUUGCUAGGAGAUCUGAAAUGAAGGCACUCAUUAAAGCUAAUUUAUUGACAAUUAAUAACAGCACUAUCAGGAUGUAUGUUACGAAAAUUGCACUUUUUUUGUGCGUAAUGGGCGCCAUUUUGACUAAGGUGUCUUUAACACCUGAGUACAUUUUUCCUCUGAUUAGUCUGUACGAAAACUUAAAUCUUGUAGGUAUGCUACGCUUUCAGUGGGCUCUAGCUUACUGCACAGAAGCUAAAACUUCCGUUGCACGUAUCCAAGAAUUUCUUCUUUCGGGAUACAAAAAAACUUCUUUGAGAAAGCCAUCAAAAAGUACUGACACUUGCAGUCCGAAAUCAUACCAAAGUUUUGUACCAACUGUUUAUGGAAUUCAUCUUAACAACGUCAGCGUGACUUUCGAUACCUCCACCGUGUUGGAAAAUAUCACCUUUUCAGCCCUUCCUGGACAUCUAGUUGGAUUAUCAGGAAAAUCUGGAAGCGGGAAGUCAACACUCCUGCAAGUCAUCCUCCAAGAAAUUAAAGCAAAAGGCUCGAUUGCCGUCGGCGGAAAAAUUUCGUACGCGUCCCAAGAAGCUUGGAUUUUUUCCGCAAGCAUUAAACAAAACAUUCUUUUCGGGGAAGAAGAAGACGAGAAGAAAUAUCGCAGAGUGAUUCGAGCGUGUGCUUUGGAACACGAUUUGUCUCUUUUCGCUAACGGUGACCAAACUCUCGUCGGUGAACGAGGGGUGAUGUUGAGCGGAGGUCAAAAAUCGAGGAUAAAUUUAGCCAGAGCUGUGUAUCGAGAUGCUGAUAUUUAUUUAUUAGACGAUCCUCUAGCCGCUGUUGAUGCCAGGGUGGCGCAACACAUCUUCAAUGAGUGCAUUUUGGGGUACUUGAAAGACAAGUGCGUAGUGUUGGCAACCCAUCACUUGAAGUACUUGAGGAACGUUAAAAAACGAUAUAUUAUAAAUGAAGGAAAAGUGAUCGAGGAAGCUUUAAGUGAAAGUGUUUUUAUGGAACUUGAUGAAAGAAUACUCCAUGAAGAGGUUGUCAAAUCUCACAAUUUGCCUCCCGAAAUUCUAGAAAGUUCUACAACAAACUACAACACACAACAAAUUUACAAAAAGUAUUGUUUUGCUGGAAACCAUUGGAUGGGGCCAUACAAAAUGUUGGCAGUUCCGAUGAAAUUCUUCAAUGAACAUCCUUCUGGUAGGAUUCUUAAUCGGUUUUCACAAGACAUGAGAUACGUUGAUGAAAAUGUACCCAUGUGUUUGUACGAAGUAGUUAGGACAGCCUUGUACGGACUUGGAGCAGUGGUAAUUAUAAUAAUUUUAAAUUAUUGGUUAAUAUUACCAACGGUAGCAAUCAUUCCUUUGAUUUAUUACUACACGCGGCUAUUUCAACCGCUCAUCAGAAAUCUGAGAAAGCUGCUAGGAAUCACUAAAAGUCCUAUUCUGACUUACGUCGUUACUUCGCUGCGCGGACUUCCAACAAUACGGGCACUUAACAAACAAAACGUUUUAAUUGAAGAAUUCGAAUACCUCCAAGACACUCAUUCCUCUGUUUUCUAUUUAUUUAAGUCUUUAUUUUUUACUUACACGUUUUGGAUCGAUAUAAUAUGCUUCAUAUAUUCCACAAUUGUGACUUUCAGUUUUUUAACUUUCAACACAGACACCUCGGUAGCAAUUGUAGGUUUAGCUGUCAGUCAAGCAAAUAGUUUGGUAGGUUUAGUCCAACAUACCAUGAAAACGUGGAGCGAAUUAACUGCCAUCAUGACUUCUGUAGAACGAGUACUAGAAUACAUAGAAUUACCGCAAGAACUAAACGACGGUACUUUCGUGCCACCACCAUCCUGGCCCCAAGUCGGACAAAUCGACUUUAAAUCAAUAUCGAUGCGGUACUCUCCAGACAAACCUUUAGUACUAAAAAAUAUUGAGAUUAAAAUUCACCCAGGGGAAAAAGUGGGAAUCGUUGGCAGAACUGGAGCCGGAAAAAGCUCUCUGGUGUCCACUCUGUUUCGUCUAACGUAUUUCGAAGGUCAGAUUGUCAUAGACAACGUAGACACCAAAAUCGUACCGCUGAAUGUUUUGCGAUCAAAAAUCACCAUCAUUCCACAAGAUCCGAUACUAUUCGUAGGUCCUAUAAGAAAAAAUUUAGAUCCGUUUGAUGAAUUCAGUGAUUCUCAAGUUUGGAGUGCCUUGGAGGCUUUCAACUUGAAAACGUUUAUAGCAAACUUGCCACUGGGUCUUGAGACUCUGGUGGACGAAGGUGGUACCAACUUUAGCGUAGGACAGAAACAGUUGUUGUGUUUGUCGAGAGCGAUGUUGAAGAAGACUAAGAUUUUUGUCUUGGAUGAAGCCACAGCUAGCGUUGAUUUGCAAACGGAUGAAGCAAUUCAGGCCACCAUUCGAGAAAAGUUUAAGGAUUGCACAAUUUUGGUGAUAGCACAUCGCUUAGAAACUGUUAUGGAUUCCGAUAAAAUUUUAGUUAUGGAUGAUGGCAGGGUUGUGGGGUUUGGGAAACCUGAGGAAUUAUUGAUAAAUCAAGGAGGAAUUUUUUCUCAGUCUUUACAUUCAGUAAUAAAUUAA